CAUCUCAUCUCCGCACGCUUCUCGUCUUUCUUCUCUUCAAAUCCCUCCCCUAUUCACCAUCCCCUUUCUGUCCAAAACCAAAACCCUAGCUCUUCGUCUUCCCUCCCUUUACUUUCCAAAAACCAACCAGAGAGAGAGAGAGAGAGAGAGAGAGAGAGAGAGAGAUUUCUUUCCAAACUAAAACCCUAGCUCGUCUUCCUCCGUUCCUUUACUUCCCCAGCAACCAGCAAGAGAGAGAGGGAGAUGCCUCCUCGGGCGAAGAGAGGAGCGGCCGCGGCAAGGAGGGGAAGGGCCGCCACGCCAAAAUCCAAGCAAGCAGCUGUGUCAAGCGCCGUUGAGGAAACACAGGCUCCCGAGCCUGAGGUUCCGCUGGAUGCCGCCGAGGAGCAGAGCAUUCCUGAGCCUGAGGUUCCGCUGGAUGCCGCCGAGGAGCAGAGCAUUCCUGAGCCUAAGGUUCCGUUGGAUGCCGCUGAGGAGCAGAGCAUUCCUGAGCCUGAGGUUCAGACGGACGCCGUCGAGGAGCAGAACAGCCUCGAACCUGAGGCUCCGCCAUGUGUCGUAGAGGAGGAGACGGUUCCCGAACCCGAGUUUCCGUUUGGGGCUGCCGAGGCGGAGAAAGAUCCUGAAGCAGAUGCCACGAUGGAAGUUUCUGGAGAAGAGGUCCUGCUGGAACCGGCAGCAGCAGAGACGGAGCCUCUGGUAGUAGAGCCUUUCACUGCUGAUGAGGUGAAUGCUCCACCUUUGGAUUCAGGAGAUCCUGCUUCGGAAGCUAUCGGUGAUGAGAAAGAUGAUGAGAUGCUUGAAGGGCCUGAAGAAGCUGCAUAUGGAGAAAAUGAGGGUGAAGGAGAUCAGAUGGAUCAAGACCAAGCAUUCUCAGGUUUGGAGAAGGACCCUGCUGAAGUGGAGACUGGAGUUGGUAUAGUUGAAGACAUUGAAGGAGGCGGAGUUGAUAAUGCUGACAUUGACGAAGGCGGUGAUAAGGUGGGUGAUGAUUAUAAGAGUGGAAGUGAUGGUGAAGAAGAUAAUGAGGAAGAAGUAUUUAUGCAUGCUCCUAUGACAGAGAGGAAGAGACAGAAGGAAUUUGAAAUUUUUGUUGGUGGGUUGGACAGGGAGGCAGUUGAAGAGGAUUUGAUAAAAGUGUUUGGUGAAUUUGGUGAAAUUCAGGGUGCACGAAUAGUAAAGAAUCCAGCAACACAGAAAAGUAAGGGUUUUGGAUUUAUCCGAUAUACCACUAUUGAGCAAGCAAAGAAGGUCCUUGCUGAUUACGCAGAUGGAAUAGAGGUGAGGGGUAGGCUUUGUGGUAUUUCAGCUAGUCAAGAUAAUGAUACACUAUACCUGGGCAACAUUUGCAAAACAUGGACAAAAGAUCUGGUGGUCACAACUUUGAAAGGCUACGGAGUUGAACAGAUUGAUGAUAUACUUUUCCCUGAGGAUCCCAAGGGUGAAGGAAAGAGCAAAGGUUAUGCUUUUCUGGAAUUUAACACCCAUUCUGAUGCUAUGGCAGCUUUUCAACGGUUAAGAAAGCCAGAUGCUAUUUUUGGCUGUGAUAGGAGUGCCCGGGUUGCUUUUGCCCCAUCCUCGAUGCAUCCUAGUGAGGAAGCUCUAUCUCAGGUGAAAACUGUGUAUGUUGAGGGUCUGCCAGAUUCUUGGGAUGAAGAAAAAGUAACUGAGCACUGCAAACAAUAUGGAGAAAUUGAGAAAGUUCAACUAUCCAAGAAUUUCAAUACUUCAAAGCGUAGAGAUUUUGGGUUUAUUGCAUUUACUUCUCGAGAGAGUGCGAUGGCAUGUGUGGAGGGAAUAAACAAUGCUCAGCUUGGGGAAGGAGAGCUCAAGGUUAAAGCUAACCUCGCAAAGCCUCAGAAUAAGGGCCGACUUGCAAAGCUGGGUGCUCGAGGUGGAUUUAGGAUUAAGAAAGAUGGUGAAUAUGUAGAAGAAGGUGGUCAUUCUAAUACCAAAGGCUAUGUUAAUUUCAAAGGGUAUGAAGGGAAGGGGAAGGGUCACUUCAAGCCCAAAAGUGAUAAAUGGCACAAGCCAUCUUAUCCCCAAGGUAGAGGCAAUCAAGGUUAUGGUGGUGGUAGAGGUCAAGGUAAUCAAGGUUAUGGUGGUGGUAGAGGUCAAGGCGGCGGUAGAGGUUAUGGUGGUGGAAGAGGAGGCCAUGGUGGCGGAAGAGGCGGCCAUGGUGGUGGUAGAGGGCAAGGUGGUGGUAGAGGGCAAAUUGGAUAUCGCCAAAAAAGGGAAGAACCGUUCAGAGGUGGAAAGCGUGGUGGUAGAGGCAUGGACAAUGCACGUUCAUCAAAGAAAGGCCGUGGCAAUAUGCGUGGUAGACCUAACAAUUUUGGCAACCAAAAGAACUCUCGCUUUGGAAAGCCAAAAUCAAAUUACAAUGCGCAUCCAGCUGCAUAUGGGGAUCCAUAUGCACAGGCAUACGGAGCCCCUGAAACUAGCUACCAGGGUCAGGCUUAUGGUGUAGCUUCUGGAUCAAAGCGUCCAUAUUCCGAAAUGGAUCCUCAUGGUGGAUACGCUGAACCUGCUGCGAAACAAGUACGAGAUCAAUAUGGUUAUGGGCAGAGAAGUGUUGGUGGGCCAGGAUAUGAUGAUAGCCAAGCAAGGAGUGCUGCUGGUGCUGGUUUUGCUGCAGCACCAGCACCGCCAGUUUCUUAUGCUCCUGAUUUCUCAAACAAUGCUGGAUAUGAGGCGGCUGGUUAUGGAUAUCCUCCUCCCCCCCCAGGCAAUUCAGAAUAUGCACCUGGAAGGCCGUAUUAUUAGUGUCAGCAAACCUUGCCAAUGAUAAAGGGCGUUGAAUGGAGAGCGAUACCCCUAGUGUGGAGGACCCAAAACGCGCAUUCUGAAUUUUUAAUGGCUGUGAAAGUUCAAUCUUGGUUUCGCCACCAUGGCCCUUCUGUGUCAUCAAUACCUAAUUAUUCCGAUGCUGAACCUUUUUCAGAUGAGAAUAUUUGACGUUUCCGAGCAGAUUUUCCGGCUACCUUAACAUUCUGGUGACUAAGGUGUGUUGGUAUUUUGUACAUGAUGGCAAAAUGGUAAUCGACGCCUUUCUUUUC